UCUGAAAUCCUCCUCGUACAUCUAUCCAGCAGAGGGCUUCAUAAACAUCGAUCGAUCACCAAAAAACUAACAUAUUGUUUUUAUUAGCUUCUUAGCUUCUUUCCCAUUUCAGCCUCAAUUUCUUUAAUAAACAACACAAGUGGACCACUUUCCUUGCCUUUUAAGCACACUCUAUCCUUCCCUUACUGUCCUUUCUUCUUCCCUUCAAGCCCUCACCCUCAUCUCUCUCUCUCUUUCUGAGCAAGUCCACGUCCACACCAGAGAGCAUGCCUGAAUGUCCAGAGAAAGGGAGAGAUUUGAUGAGAUAGGGAAGAGGAUAAAGAGAGAGACCGAUGCUUCUUCUUCUCAUAUGGGAAGAAGACACAUGUUAGGUCCUCCUGGAACCCUAAACACCAUUACUCCAUGCGCUGCUUGUAAGCUCUUGAGACGAAGGUGUGCUCAAGAAUGCCCCUUUUCUCCAUACUUCUCUCCCCAUGAACCCCACAAGUUCGCUUCUGUUCAUAAAGUCUUUGGUGCUAGCAACGUCUCCAAGAUGCUAAUGGAGGUGCCGGAGAGUCAAAGAGCCGACGCGGCAAAUAGUCUUGUUUAUGAGGCGAACGUGAGGCUAAGAGACCCGGUCUACGGCUGCAUGGGAGCCAUCUCAGCUUUGCAGCAGCAAGUUCAAUCUCUACAAGCUGAACUCAAUGCAGUGAGGGCUGAGAUACUUAAGCAUAAAUAUCGGGAAGCUAAUAUCAUGCCAUCUUCUCAUCAUCAUCAUGUGGCUUUGCUCGCUGCUUCCGGGGCUGUUUCGGUUGCUGCACCUCCGCCAACUCCGCCUCCACCGCCGCCUCCUCCUCUUCCUCCUGCUUCCUCCUCUUCUUCUAUGUACACCCAACAAGCCAGUGCUUCCGACUAUAGCACCCUUUCAAAUGAUAAUAUUGUUUCCUAUUUUGGUUAAUUUCCUAGACUACUACAUGCAAAGAAUCCCAUUUUUUCUCCCCUUUAUUAUGAAUCAAUUAAGUCGAA